AUGGUCGGAGGGAGUGAAUCACGUGAACUCUUGCCACUCUCGAUCUAUUCGACAAAUCAGCUCCUUCCGACCCCGUCCACCUCUUUCCAUGGCCAAAACUCCUUCCCAGCGAUGUCGGGUAAAGCGAUUCUGAUAAAAAAUAAUAGGUUUUUAGUGAAUCAUCACAACCUGCUUCAAAUCAUUCAGUCGCAGUCGAACAGCCCGUUCAACAAUGCUGCUAUGCCACCGUUCGUACCUCAACCAAGGUAAAACCCGGAGAUAUUGAAUAACUUUUUAGUCUUCCCUUGCCUUUCAACGCGAACCCGGCCUUUAUGGGGUUUAUGUUGAACUCGUUGACAGCUACACAACCUCUCUUCCAUCCGACUGUAGUGCCAGAACAACUUGAACAAAGUCAACAAAGGUACACAUUUAUUUACGAAAAUACAUAACUCUAAACCAAAGUCAAAUCAAUAAUACAACAUUUGUAGUGUGGAAUGUGCACCAGAAGCUCCAGAGACCAGUACGAAUGUUGAUAUCGAUCCAGAUGAAGGUCACAUGCACAGCCCUGGAUUACCGACUCAGCCCUACUUUCCGUCGCAUUUCCUGUACGUUUAAAUGAAUUUUGAAGAGUUUUGUGUUUAGAAGAGGUACACACAUUCAAGUAGAUCGAAAGAACACGAAGCUGGUCGAAGACCUGAACAAAGAUGACUUCUAUGGAGUUCAAUCAAUCGCAUCUGCUGUGCACGACCUUAACAUGCUUACUGGAAUUGUAAAAGCAAUCGAUAACAUACCUCAAGACCCGCUACAAGUUAUGAUUACCUUUGAGGUCGAGGAGGUUAAGGAAGACGGGAGUGCUGUGGCAAGUAUUAUCAAUUCACUACAGAUUUUUUUGAACAUUACAUUCAAGAUUAACUACGAUUAAGGUUAUGUUAACGUUACAGAUAUCAGUGUGUGACCUCAAAGUGCCAAUAGAGUAUCCUCUGUAUGAACUUGAAAAGGGCUGGUGUUCUUAUCACCCAUCUAAAGCUGUUAAUUUGUAUGGUAUUCCAGCAAAGCAGCUAAAGGUAAGCUACAAUUUGCGUUUUUAUAAAUAUUUUGGCCCCACAGUUUACAGUAUGCUUGCAAUCCUCAUUCCUCCUUAAACUUUUUGACCAAACUAAUCGACCCUGUAAACCAUGUUUACCUUGUAAUACUAACCUGUUCUUAGAUCGGCGAUAAAUGUAUCGUAUUGACCUCCUUCGAUGACUACUCAAACCCAACCUAG